AUGGUGUGGCAACUGGAGCACCACCAGACACUUUGUCACCAAGUGGUGUCUGGACUGCAAGCCAAGAAUGAGAAGCUUGCAGCAGAGGUGGUGGAGCUGAAGCAGAAGCUAGAUGCCAAGGAGCAGCACCACCACCAUCACAAGAAGUGCAAGCGCCCCAACACCCUGGCAGUGGCGGCCUAUGAGGACCCCUUGAUGCAAGAGCCAUUGGAGAAGAAGGCCAAAGCAGACAAAACAGAAGACAAGAUCCUAGCCAAGGGGCUAGAGGCUGAAGCUGCCAGGCCUAGUGUAUGCAAACUGUUCCUGUUGAGUAUCACAGGCGUGCUCCUUGUGCACAACAUGGAGCUGGAGCGCCCAACCAAGUCAUGCGACAAGUGCUGUGCUGUGCUAGGCCCAGUGUUCAAGUGCAUCACCUGUGCAUUGCACGUCCCACUGUGCAACGUUGAAGUCUGCAUGUGGUGCAUCAGGCACCUGUGGACCAAUGCUGACCACAGUGGCCACAUCUGGCAGGUGGUGUACCAGCCCACUGAUGUGGGUGUUGUGGUGGAAAGCCUCAGGCCUUGGCUCCAGGCAUGA